ACUCGCCCUUUUUUCUAUAAUGUAUUGAACCGAGACGGUCAUUUCUAAGGAAUAAGUAUCUAGGCUGGCCUUGCCUUGGAUUUUCGGGGUAGCGAUGUUAUGCUUAUACUAUUUUCUCUUCAACAGGCCAUUUCCUAAAUAAUGUAUGGCAAGUCCUAAGAACCGAUUGCAACUACCCAUGAAGGUUAAGAUUAAAAGAACUCGUAGCCCAUAGAACUUACCUUAUAUAUAUACUCAGAAGUAAAGGGAAUUGCAUAAUUCCCCAAGGUUAAGCACCCGAAGUUGGUAGCGUUGUCUUGGACGUCGGAAUGCCAUCUUCACCUACUAUCCCAAACUCUUCAUAGCCUUCAGAUCCCCCCCUAGACAAAUAUAACCUAUACAGAACACUUAAAUGUAACGCCAAUAGUGCGAAUGACUCAAUUGCCCAUCCCUGGGCCAAACUCAAUCUCAGAAUCAGAGUGCGCGCUACAUGAGCUCCAAAUACAUCGACGCCAUCCAGUCUGGCCCAGAAGGAAACACAAUGACCGAAGGAAAACAUAAACGCAAGGCAGACAAGGCCGAGGCCGCUGAGAACUGCAGCUGGCGAGGUGACAGUCCUGAGCCAGAGCUAGAUGAUCUUGCACACAAAGAGGAGCCCCAUCGACCUCGCCCGCCCGAUGAGAUCUGUAGUUGGCAGGGUAAUCCUCCUGAACCCGGGUUCGAUUACCGAGCCCGCAGUCCCAAGUUAUCACCUAGGUCUCAGAUAAAUACACCUGUUGAACCACUGCUAACGGAGAUUGAGCCAACGCCACUGGAUGCCUCCCCCGAGCAGGAAAAUCACAAUAAAGCUUCGCAGGCGCACUCUGAAGAUGAGCAGCCUGGAGAACAAGAGCAAGGCGCCACGGAAGAAACCUUGCAAGGGAGGAUUACGCACGGAGUGCAGCACGUAUUGACUGUCUUCCACAAUAUCGUCAAUCCUUCCAGUUCCCAGGCACACGAAGAAGCGCCAGAAGAUAGCGCAGAGCCUCCUGGUGAAGAGAAUAAUGCUCCCUUGAGGCCUUCUCGAAUUCCGCCGAUCCUCACCAUAGUUGAGCCGCAGCAUCCUAAAGGUAAAACCCCUAAAGAAGAAAAGGAAAAGGCGAAGAGAGAGAAGAGGGAAGCCAGGAAGGUCGAAAAGGAAAGAAAGGCUAUAGAGAAGGAGGAAAAGAAAAGACUCAAGGUAGAAAAGAGAAAAGAGUACAAAGAACGGCGCCACCAGGAGAAGGAAAAGAAGAAAAACAAGGGGAAGGAGAAAGAGACUGCUUCACCUCCCGAUCUACCUCCUGGAGCUGAUGGCCUCGCUGCCACCGAGUCGCACUGCCAUCCCGGAUGUCAAAUAUGUGAACAUCCUGAAGAUCAGAGAACGCAUGACUUCAUGAAGAGCUUGCAAGAAAGUUGGGAGGGAUUACCAUCUCUCAACGACCUUACCGAAGCUGCCAAGAAACUGCUCGGAUUGAAAGCCACAGAUGACACUCCUGAUGCGCCGCAGAGUUGCCAGAACCUUUCCUUGAACGAGCAGGAGUUGAUCGAGCAUAUUGCGGCGCACAUCAACAGACAUAUACACCAACAUAUAGACCACAACCCAUCCGGAGAAGGCAACGCAUCGAUCGGAAAAUCCUCGUCCAACAAACCUUCCUAUCAGGACCCCUGUCAGGGACCAGAUACACCUAGCCAGCAACAACAAGCUAGCUGCGAGGAUGGGCGCCCUACCAGCCACGGCUUGGACGGUAAUAGGGACUGGCCUAUGACUAUUAUGCAAGGUCACAUCUUUCGCAGCAUCGAGCCAAUGUCUGCCCCUGACGUCGCUACGACGCAACCUCCCCCUCGGGAUUGUUCGCCCUUUCGCACCCCAACGAGUCGUUGCGUCUCUCCGUGGUGCGAAAAACUCGGUCUCAAGUUGGAUGACCCGCCCCUUGUCCAGAAGCCAACGGUGCCGUGGUCGAGAAGAGGAUUCAACUCCAGCCCGAGCCGCAUGAGGACCGUCGCCACCUCUUCCUGCCUCAACGCGCCACUAUGCUCACACCCGGUCUAUCAUGAACACGGCUUAUACGCUUGCGUCCCCGUCUCGCUGAUACCGGCUCUCAGCCUUGAAUCUUCCUGCUGUGGCCAUAGUAACUGUCACUACGCUUCGCCAAUGAUGACACCUAUGCCAGUUUCGCACACCCCAUGCCCACUGUUCAAUUUCGAACCGUUCGGCACCGCCGAAACGAUUCCUCCCAGCACACCUCGCAGAAGUCUGUCGGCUAACGAGACACAGAUCGUGUUUUGAUACUUCUAAAGGUUGAAACGUGGGUUUGGUAGGAGCUUAGAUUAGGUAGGUUAUGACGGAGCGCGUUAGCUAGAAGAUUGUUCAUGGGGGGUUGAUAUGCAGGAAAUGGAGUGUGGAAUAAGGAGGUUUUGACAGACUGAACAAUUAGUCUGAAGAUUGC